CUGGGUUAUAAAGAUACCCUACCAACCUACCUCUACUAGUAGACAGGUGGUUUUGGCUUCGCUCACCAUCGGGGCUACGUCUCAUCUUGUUCUCCCGGCCUCGAAAUAAUCAAUUUCACAACUUUGAGAAGAACCAUUAUCUUUCUCAACUUGCCAUUCUCUGAUUCAUUCACAUCACUACCUCUACCUAAGCUCAGUCUCACGCCCGUCAACACCAGACCAUUGACAACAUGACAGCCGACAAGCGCGGUCCUCGCAUCCACCGGAUGACACUGUUCAAGAUUCCGGAUGAGACGAAUCAGAAGAGGUUGUUGGAUGCGUAUCAUGUUGUUGCGGAGGAACAGAAGAAGCUCGCCUCCCAAAAGGACGGCAAGCCCUACAUUCUGCAACUGACGGCCGGCAAGACCCUUCCCGACCAAAAGGCCCGCGGCUACACGGUCGCCUCGUACAUUGAGUUCGCAUCCAUGGACGACAUGCGCUACUAUGACAACGAGUGUCUCGCCCAUGCUAUGCUGAAGGAGAUCGGCCCCAGCUUGAACUUGUCGGAGCCGCCCACUAUCUUGUGCUUUGAGAAGAGCAAUCUGGCGGCUGCGCAGGAGCAGUAAAGGGUUCAACUUCUGGUUCGGUUUGAGAGGGUGGAGGCAGGGAUUAUGGGAGGAGAAGGGGAAGGUGCAGCAGGGUCGGGUACCGACGAGAGUGCUAGGUACCUCUACCAAGGUUGAUGUCCGAGCUAGAAAUAUUUGUUUCUUUUUCAAGUUAGUUCAUUGAGCGUUGGGAAAUCAAUGGCUGACGAAGGAUACUAGUACAUUACAGUCCACGCAGGUAUAAUAUGAUGGACGGAUCAUAUAUUCCUCUUAGUUCUUCAAGUGCAGUUGCUCUUACUACUUGAGUUCAUCAUCUGACCAAUUUCCAUCAAAAGCACCAACCACUACGCUACCUCUACUUAACCCAAACGUCCUUUGACCAAGCAAAAGCACAAAAGUUAUCUCUCCCG